AGCCAUUCGGCGGACAAUUAUGGAUGAAGACUCGAAACCGAAGAAGUGAAUAGUAUGAUGAGGGCUUAUUUCUUCGAGAUAGCGAAGGAACGAGAGAAGACUAAACAAAGAUUGGCGAGGGAGGAGGCGCAACGUAAGGAAGAAGAGGCAAGGAAGGAGGAAGAGAGGAAGAGGAUGCAGGAGUUGGAAGAAAGAAAGUGUGCGGAGGACGAGAGAGAUGUGCGCCUACUAAGGCUUAUACGGAGCGAGAUCCAUCAUGAGAGUGAGAGAGAGAGUGGACGUACCUAUCGAGCAAGUCGUAAGGCGAGUAACCGAAAUGAAAAAGGUGAGACGGUGGAAGAGGAGAAGGAGCGGCUAAGGCGUAUGAUAGCAUUACAGGAGGAGAGCGAUGAGGACGCUGAAUUGAUUGCGCUGCGACGCCGAGCUGCAGGACUUGACAUCAACGAGAAGCGUAAAAGGGGGAAGGAAGUAGCAGUUGGCGAUAGCCCGCCGAUGACUUCUCCGACAAAACGAACUGGCUUGGGAACAACUUCUAAACUGAGAAUGGAGGAGUUGCGGGAGACGGGUCACGUUGCAAGUACGUUGUCACCGGUUGCAGAUCCGGUUGGAAAGAUCGACUUGUCGAUCAAACAUGUGACUGCAGGGGUUGGUCCUGGCGCGUGGGAAAAAUAUGAAGAAGAAGUUCAUGCUCUGUAUGAAGCCUUGACCAUCGAAGAGCUUAAAGAGGUUUGGAAGAACGAGCGGAUAACCUAUGGGAAACGGGAACUGGCGAUUAAUCAUCUGGUGACGCGUCGCGUUAUCAAGGCGUAUGAUCCGUUCAACGUACCACUGCCAACAACACCGCUCCCAAGCAGAUCGGCAAGGACGUGUAAGGACAAGGAAGGUGAGGGUCACGAGGACGAAGGAGCUUUGGAAUGAGGAAGCAGACCUGAUGAUCUCUGGCGGGAUAUUGAUGAACAGACGAAGCUGCGAGAGGCAAAUGGAUGCAA